AUGAACAAGACCCUACAUUGCACAUCGGUAUCUGAAUUACGAUCGUCGAAAAUAUGUGAAGCCAUAAACAAGUACUCGCUUAGCACGUUAAACUAUAACACUAGUAGAAACGUCGAAACAGGAAAAGAGCUUGACAGUGCGAGUGACAAAACAUUCUGCUUAGAUGGCAUAUCAGAAGAAGAGGAGGAGUUGAGGACCUACAGCUCCAUUGUAGUAGGCAAGUGCUUAUUGUGCGAAUCGAUUAACACUGCUCUGAACAAUGAAUGGUCAACUAUAAGGCUCAAGGAUACCAAAGAGAAAUGGCCAAAUUGUGAGUUGAGAGGGGAAAUGAAAGGAGAAUCCCACCAUAGGUCGAUGUUGAACUUCAUCAUAGAGCAAAACAAAAACAUCAUAACCAACACAAUAAAUAUAAGUGACAGUAUUUUUAAUGUUUUAAAAAUUAUGGAGGAUACAAAUAAAUCAAAUGAAUUAAAUUAUUUGAUGAGAAAAAUUGAGCAUGAAGAUAUUAAAGAGUUAAUUUAUGUAAAUACAAAAUUGUUUAUGUUACAAGUUCGAAAAAUAUAUCAAGUCUUAAUUGAUCUUCAGAUAAGUGGACUAUGUAACUAUGGGACCAAAGUAGACAAAGUAAGCAGCACUUAUAGACACAUUGUCGACAGUGCAAAAGAAGCUGAACAUGUUCAGAAUAAAAAAGACAAAAAUAUUAAUUUAAUGGUUAAAAAGUAUAUUAUUUUAAAAAAGUACUACAAAAAAUUAUGUGAAAAGUAUAAGAUGGAAAAUAAUCUUUUAAAGAGAGCUUUCAUCAUAAACGCAAAAUGUUGCAAUGAGGAGUACCAACAAAAAUACCCUUUCCAGAUUGAUGGCAUUUGUACAGUCUCAUACAUGAACAAUAAGAUAUUAAAGAAAUACAACCAACCUGGAGAAGGUGAUAGUGAAGUAACCCCUGACGUAAUAGAUGGCUCCAAAAAAGUUCAGGUAAAUUUAGAAAAAUGCAAUGGAAAAUGUUUGUUCUUGCUAACUGAAAAUGAGAAGUUACCAAAAGAUUGUCUUGAAAGAACAGAUAAAGGGAGGCCUUCAAAUGGGGCAUCUAUCAAUGUUGAUGAUAUUUACCAGACUAAUCAGGAAGAUUUACCUGCACUUGUAAAUUUAAAAAAGAGUAAUAAAAAUAAAAUCGGACUUGCAUGUACGCAUGGGCCUGCGGAGUGCAGAGAGCUGUUUAGGAAGAAGAGAGCACAAGAGGAGGGUGAAGAGGAAGAGAAUGAGAAGGAAGAAAAUAUGAUGGAAAAAAAGGAAGAUGACAAAGAUAACAAAGGUGAUAACGAGAAUGGCCUUGCAGGCAUACAAAAUAACAAGAGGGACGAUGAUAAUUAUAUUACCUUUGAAACAAGACUCGGUGAUAACAGUAAAAGUGUAAGUGAAAUGGAAAAAAAUAUAAGUGGAUAUAAAGAUAUAAAUACACAUGUGAAUAUAUUUGAUGAAAUCUGUAAGCGUAAAGAACCUAUUCAUGAUGAGUCUAACCAGAAGGAAUUUCAAACUAGAUUUAACGACAAAGAAGCAGUAGUAGUAGAAUCUAGCGUACUAGAGGAGAAAGGGGAAAAAAAAAGGGCAAAGGGUGAGAGAGAAAAGAAGUGGAAAGUAAGUCAGCGUAAGGAAGAAGAAAAUAGGGGUUUAGAUUCAGACAAAGGGAAAAUAAUUUUGGAUGAAAAUUCAAAGGAAAGCGACCACUUCAGUGUGCAGGAAGUUGGUGAAGCGAAACAUGUGAAACAUGCGAAACAUGCGAAACAAGCAAAUCAAGCGAAAUAA